AUGGGUCGAAGCUCAAGUCUUAUCUCCUUCUCUUUGACACUUUUGAUCCUAUUCCAUGGCUACACUGCUCAGCAGUGGCCCAACGAGUGCCAGCUCGAUCAGCUCAAUGCGCUCGAACCGAGUCAGAUCAUCAAGAGCGAGGGUGGUCGCAUCGAAGUGUGGGACCACCGUGCACCUCAGCUCCGUUGCUCCGGCUUCGCCUUUGAACGUUUCAUCAUUGAGUCACAGGGUCUUUACUUGCCCACCUUCUUCAACGCAGGCAAACUCACGUUUGUCGUUCACGGACGGGGUCUAAUGGGAAAAGUGGUUCCGGGAUGCGCCGAGACGUUCAUGGACUCACCGGUGUUUCAACAGGGCGGGCAGUUUGGAGAAGGCCAAGGUCAGGGUCAGAGUCAGGGGUUCCGUGACAUGCACCAGAAAGUAGAGCACAUCCGGUGCGGUGACACCACAGCCACACCACCUGGUGUGGCUCAGUGGAUCUACAACAAUGGAGAUGAGCCUCUUAUCCUUGUUUCAGCCGCUGAUAUUGCUAACAACCAGAACCAGCUUGACCGAAACCUUAGACCAUUUUUGAUAGCCGGAAACAACCCACAAGGCCAACAAUGGCUACAAGGCCGAGAGCAACAACCACAAAACAACAUCUUUAGUGGCUUCGCACCCGAGAUCUUGGCUCAAGCCUUUAAGAUCAAACUCGAGACGGCUCAGCAGCUCCAGAACCAGCAAGAUAACCGUGGAAACAUUGUCAAGGUCAAAGGUCCAUUCGGCGUCAUUAGACCACCCUUGAGACGCGGCCAAGGUGGCCAGCAACCACAGGAAGAAGGUAACGGUAUAGAAGAGACUUUGUGCACAAUGCGAUGCACCGAAAACCUAGAUGACCCGUCGAGUGCCGACGUGUACAAGCCCUCGCUCGGAUACAUCAGCACACUCAAUAGCUACAAUCUCCCUAUCCUCAGUUACCUUCGUCUUAGUGCUCUUCGUGGCUCCAUACGUAACAACGCCAUGGUGCUACCGCAAUGGAACGUGAACGCAAACGCGGCACUAUACGUGACAAACGGUAAAGCUCACAUCCAAAUGGUGAACGACAACGGACAGAGAGUGUUCGACCAAGAGAUCUCCAGCGGACAGUUAAUUGUCGUGCCACAAGGCUUCUCGGUCUCGAAACGUGCCACAAGCGACAAGUUCGAGUGGAUCGAAUUCAAGACAAACGAAAAUGCGCAGAUCAAUACUCUAGCGGGACGUACCUCAGUCAUGACAGGUUUGCCACUUGAGGUUAUAACCAAUGGAUUUCAGAUCUCUCCCCAAGAAGCUAGGAAGGUUAAGUUUAGCACGUUGGAGACCACAUUAACUCAUACCAGUGGUGGUCCGAUGAGCUAUGGAAGGCCUAGGGUCGAGGCUUAA